CCGUGGAAAAACAUAACCUGCUCAACGGGGCAAUCAUCGCUUUCAGUCAGAAUUUGGACAGGUUCACAGUGCCCGCUGCCUGGCUCUGGCAAUGGUUACAUACAUUUGUGUAUAUCAGAUAGACAUUCUGUUAUCAGUAAUUCGUUUUAUAAUGCCCGUCUUGGCCUGAUAAGUCGCACCACAGCCGUUGGGGCACUCAGAAAAGCACCGCCGUGUGUUGGCCACAGUUGAUGAGCUCUCGCAGGCGCCAAAGUCAAAAGUUUCACCGUUCCGCGGCGGGAUGUGAAAAGUGUGGUCUAGCUGCCAAAAUCCGUUUACAUUUUCAAAUAUCCCUUAGAUUGGGAUGAAGGCUUAAGAAUAAAAACCAAAAAUCUAAAACUAUAUUACCCAAAAUAUCUGUUCAAAGUGUAAGAAAAAUAUUAUUCAAAACUUAAACUACCUGUGAUUACAAUUAAAAGUUAAGAUUUUAACAACCGAUCGGCGCCAACUGUCUGAAUAGGAACUCCCAACAAUCUGCCAAAGCUAAUUGCCUCGCAAUCUCCCCAUCUUUGGCCCAGAUGCCAUAAAGAUUACUGUUCUUAUCGGGCCCUACGACUGACUGGGGACUAAGACACAGCCACUUGGCACACUGGUAGUGCAAAAUGAGAGACAAGAAGGAACAGGCGAACAGCCGCAAGGCCUCCCAAGUCUCGGGACACUUUUCCCAGAUGGACGUGGACGAUUCUGAGUUUAAUGAUCCCUUCCAGACUUUGAUGGAGAAGGCUGGCAACCAUGGUCGCUAUCAAACGCUUUAUAAUUUCGUAUUUGUCGGCGGUUUAGCCUUUUGCGGGGCUAUGAUCUACAUGAACAUCAUUUUGGCCCUCAACAUACCCGAUCAUUGGUGCACGGUGCCGGGAAGAGAGAAUACAAACUUUACUAUAGAGGAGUGGCGCGACAUCACGCUGCCCAAACAGACCGAUAACCGAGACCGGGAGACGUUCAGCAAUUGCCUAAUGUUCCAACAAAACUUCUCAGAGAUUACGGACUGGUCAACUUGGAGUACCAGCAAUCGAACAAACAAAACAGAAACCUGCCAGAAUGGCUGGAGCUACGACAAGACCUGGUACGAGAGCACCAUCCCCACGGACCACAACUGGGUGUGCGCCAAGGAUUUGUUCGUGACAAAUGUGUUCGUGGUGGGUCGUGUGACAGAGGUGGCCGGUUCAUUUAUAUUGGGACAAAUGGGCGACUCUUACGGUCGCAGGCUCGUGUACUACAUCAGCGUGGUGUUCUGCUCCCUGGGACGCAUCGGGUCCGUCAUGUGCACCAGCUCGUACACGUGGUUCCUCAUCAUGUCCGGCAUCGUCGGCCUCACAGUCAACAGCCUCUUUCAAUCGCCCCAAAUUAUCGGCAUGGAGAUCUCGCGGGAGGAGGACCGCAGUCGCAUCGCCUUCUUCCAGAGCUGCGGCUGGUCCAUCGGCACCACAUUGAUGCCCCUGCUCUACUGGUGGCUGCGCCACUGGGACUCCUUCAUGUGGCUCACCUCGGUGCCCACGGCAAUGGUCCUGCUCUUCUCCAAAUACGUAAUCGAAUCGCCCCGAUGGUUGAUUAGCAAACAGCGUUUCCGCGAGGCCAUUGUCCAACUGCAGAAGAUAGCCAAAAUUAACGGCCAUCGCUUUGACAUGACCGAGAAGGAAUUGGCCGAGAUCUACAGUCGCGACAAGCAGGAGGUCACCUACGGCAUCGCAUCGCUCUUUGCUGGCUGGCGGCUGGCCCGCAACACCAUCAUCAUGGGCUCCAGUUGGUGCGUAGUGGCCGUCUCCUAUUUCACGCUGGUGCUCUUCAGCUCCCGCAUGGCGGGCAAUCCGUUCCUCAACUUUUUGUACCAGAGCAUCGUGGAGAUUCCCGCCUACAUUGUGGGUCGUUAUAUGGGCGAUACGUAUGGCAGACGCCUCACCAACUCGAUAUCGUUCCUCGUUUGCUUCGUCUCCUGCUUGCCCAUCAUUGUGUACGCGAAGGACGAGCGGUACGAGAACCUCAUGAUCUACGUGGCCACCUUCAUUAAGUUCCUGAACGCCCUCACCUUCUUCACGGUGAACCUGCAGUGCCUGGAGAUCUAUCCCACGUGCAUGCGGCAGACGGGGGUGGCUCUAGGCACCAUCCUGGCCAACGCCAUCGGAGUGCUGGCCCCGUACCUGGUCUACCUGGGCACCAACGUGGACAUCCGGGCGCCGUACUACAUCCUGGGCGUCCUCUUCCUGCUGGGCGGCAUCGGGGCGCUCUUCCUGCCGGAGACGCUACACAAGAAGCUGCCGGACACAAUGGAGGAGGCGGAACACUUUGGACGACACGAUAAAUUCUUCAGUCUGCCGAAACCGCCGCCGGCGGCGGAGAAGGACGACAGCCUGGCAUCCCAUCCGGAGUUGGCCAGGCUCAGACGCUCGGAGACGACUCCCUAAAUCCCCCGAAAUCCCGGAAUACCUGAAACCUGAAUCCUGAAUCCUCGAGACCGAAACCGAGACCGAGACCGGCGAACUCCUUCGAACGCCUCGACGGCUAUCGAUUCCAUUCCCGUUCGCCAUUCCCGUUCUCCUUGUGAUGUUACGUUAAGUUUUUGGCCCCAAGUAUUGCGAAUAAAGUAUUGUUAUGUAGGCA